AUGGGUAAGGCGAAGAAGGCGAAGGCGAAAGCCAAACGUGAGAGGAAGUUCCAGGAAAGGAGCGAUGAGAUUGCUGAUGAACCCGUUCAAGAAGCACGCGUUCAGAUAGGUGGACACCUACUGCCUUUAGCUGCAGGUCAAGCAGGUGAUGGUCUAUCUAGCAGUCCUCCGGAUGCUACUCCCGCGCUUCCUAAUGACUUUGCAGCAGCAAUGCAUGCCUGGGAGCUUGCCACUCGCUCUUGUAAUUUCUCGUCAUCGAAUUCUAGUGUCAAUAUGUCAGUAUCUGGACAGGACUUAGAGGAUGACGGUGGUGGACGUAUCGAAAAGAAGAAAGAUCAAGCAAUGCCUUUCUGCGGUGAGGAAGAUGUAGUGACGGAGAAAAAUCAUCUUGAUGCUGCUAUAAAGCCUAUCGGUAGGGAAGAAACCGCAGCUUCAAAAGCUGGAGAGGGAAAAGAUGCAGCAGUUCCAAAGCUCAAACAGAAGAAAGACCCUAAAGCUGAAGAAAAGAAGACUUCAAAGGUUGGAGAAGGGAAGACUUCGAGGUUUGAAGAACAGAUAAACGGUGGUGUUAAAAUUAGAUGCCGAAUUGCUGAGCCUCCAGGGGUUUGGUUAAGGCCUUGCGAACCUGGUCCUCCACCAACAAGAUCUGUUAAGUCCCUAGCAGAGGAGGCAGCGCAAAAAGUUUAUAACCUUGCUGAGGCCAAAGCACGUCGUGGGUCCAUGACCUCAACCUCACAACCAUCUCCAUCAUCACCGUCACCAUCGUCACCAUCACCAUCGUCACAACAACCAUUUCUAUCAUCCUUCAAAAGUUACCAAGGCCUCCUAACAUCUCUAUUCUCUACAAAGAGCCUUGUACACGGUAUCGAAAACGCUAGAUCACUAGAAAUCAAACAAAGAUACGCCGAUUUGAUUGAAACGCUCCUCCACCAAGAUCUGGCUGAAGUGAAGAGAUCUCAGGAGCAAGUUAGCAUCAUGGCUUCCGCUCUGAACCAAAUACAACAAAAUCAGGAUCGCCCUGAACUUCAAGCUGAACUCAGAGGUACAGCUACCGAAUCUCAGCAGGUACUUUCGGGGAUUCUCGCCGGUAAAUCGCACGAUUACCUUUCUGGCUUCCUUGACUCCAUCAAAUGGUCGGCUCAGCUUGAGGAAAUAACAGCUGCCAAACAAAAAGAAGCUUGUAUGCGAGCUGGCAUCAGAAUUUUACCUAGUAAAAGUGGCUCUGAUGAGCCAGCUUUAUCCCUCGCGAAAAUUCCCACGACUCGUCAAAAAUUCAUCAAGCAGAUGAUCAGGGCCACUCCACAUCUUUCAAAAACUUUGUUCGAUAAUAACAUUCUCAAUGACGACAACUCCAUUCAAUUAUGGCUCGAUGAUGGAGAAAUUCGUUGGGCAGAAAUAGACGCUGAAACUAGCCGUCUAGAACUCGCAGCUUUCAAGGGGCGUUUCUCUAGUACCCAUCAGUGCGUCGGUAAUGACAAAGAUGAGAGGGCAAUGUGCUUGUCUUGUCUGAUGGAGAUGGAGUGGGAUCAUCUUCUCGAUUUCGCCCCAGCUCUCGGGCUUCCACGUAUUCGACGCCCAAAGGGAUGGAAGCCUCCAGCCGAUAAAGAGACUGAGACCGCUCCUGAGGUAGAACCAUCUAGCGUAACUGACAAAAGCUCUUCGAACUUGCCAUCUGAGACCAGAAAUCUCGAUCUUCAAGAGCCGGAAGAAGAGAUCCAAGCCGCUAAAGCAACUACCGAGCUAGAAGCUGGCCAGAAGAAGAAGAAAAAUAAAAAGAAGAAAAAGAAGUCAGCAGCCUCUCAAGCCAGCAAUGAGCCUCAACCGGUCGAAACCUCAGUUCCUACGCCUAUCCAGAAGUCCUCCAUCAAGUCCACUUUGCUACCCAACAUUCCCGAGCAAUCCAGUGCCGGCGUCUCUCGCGUUGCCCAAGGCGUAGAUGGAAAAUCUGUCGAGUUCGAGUAUGUCACCGGUCCCGCCGCUAGAGCUAUCCACGAGCAGUACAAGAAAUUUUUACCAACUGCCAUUCCUGAUGAUGCUAAGUUUAAGUUCAGCGGUCAUGGUCAACCCGAACGCGAAAUCUCUGGGAAGGAAAUGCGAGCCAUGCUCCACAAGGAGAUGCUUGCCUGCAACGAAGAAGACCCGGAGUUCACCACUGCAGUUUUGCAAAGCAUCAUGACUGAUGCCAAAAUUGAGAGUCCCGGCUUCGCCAAACAGAAAAGCAAAGCCAGAGCUAAGAUUCCUGUAGCCUUGUUGCCUGUUGAGCCAAAGUCACCCCAGCCAGUCGAGACUCCGGUCGAAAAGCCGAAGGCCAAAACCAAGGUCAAGUCCAGGAAUAAGCCAAAUGGAUUGACACCCCUUGAAGAAUAUAACAUGUUACGCGCACAGCGCCUUGAGCUUGUUCUAGGAAUCGGCCGGUUCGUCAUAGAAUCAAUUUGUGCUGGAAAACGUCCUUGCUUUGACGUUUCUCUUGAUGGGCGAAUCGAGUUUGGACACGCUGAUCUCUUAUAUCCUAUUCGCAUGAUUCGUGCUGGAUACGAUGACACUACCGACAAAAAUCCUCCUUUCUCUGUUGGUAUCGAUACUGACUAUACUGAGGUCAAAAUGGUCACUGCUCCCAUUGUUAGCAUCCGUGAUAAAGAAACGCCGGAUAUCGGUGACGGGAUGAAUAAUGUCAUUAGAGAUUUUCAAUGCCCUAAUGUUAUCACCAUACAAGAGAUGUUCCGGGAUGUCGACAUGGUCCAUACUACGGCUCUAGACACUGAAGGCGAGGCUGGACACGAAGGAACUCCCUCCGGGAGUGACGAAAAGGCGGGGAACCCAGUUCCUGAAGGCACCACUUUCGGUCUCAAGACAUCUGUCAAGAGGGCCAAGGCUAAGGCGAAAGCUGGAGAGCCUGUUUUCCUGGGAAGUCAGAAAUACCAUAUUUUGCCGUCUGACGGUCCACAGGGUGAACAUCCCUUCAGUAAUAUGAGGUCCCUGACCAAGAGCUUUUGUCGUGCUUUGGAUAUCUGUGAAGAUACUCAAGCCUGGGUCAAGAACCAGAAGAGGAACAUUGCCCUCCGCGACGUUCUGGGAGACGACCCACUCUGGCCCGUCAAUCCUGGCGUCCCACGCAAGCCAAUCGACGGCUCUGAUUCCAAGCCGGCCACCAAGCCGGCUCCAACCAAGCCUGUUCCUGUGAAGAAACCAGGCACCCCAGAGGCCGGAAAGCUCGCCGACCUUGCCAAGGAAUUGAAUGAGAAAGAGCAGAUGGCCGCCAUGAUGACGGUCGAGCGAGAUGAAAUGCUCGCAUUGAUGGAGCGGUUCCCUCCUGGCCGCAAGCGCACCGAGUUGGGCUUUGAGGCCCACUUGAAGACGAUGAACGAGUGCCUGGAGGGAAUUGAGGCCAAUAACCGAAAGGUUAAGGCCCUCAUCCAGGAGACGCUGAGGGACCACCCUUGGCCUCCUAGUGAGGAGUCUUAA